AUGAUGAGUGAUCACAGAUCCAAGGUGGAUUCAAAGAGCAUAAAGUCUGAAAACUAUAAAAUUAUUAAUUCUAUUAGCAAGAUAUGUAGUUUUAUUUUAAAUUAUUUUUCAACGACCUUUCUCUGGAACAUAUUACUUAUUAUUUGUUUUUUCUAUGACUUGCUUAGGCUUAGUAGACCCGGGCAAAUUUUACAGUCGCACCAAAUAAACAGGGCAACCUCCCCGCCGUCAGACGUGAGCGUGAAAAAUACAGAUGAAGAAAUGACCUCUGCAAUGGAAAUUGACGAGUGCUCAGCCACAGAGAAUGGUGGCGAACCUGAAAAGAAAGACUUGUCUGAAACCGAACCAGAAACAGAAGACACGUUCAAGAAACCGGCUCUUUUCGCAGCACCUUCUCGCGCCAGCAAACACGGCAACGUCGCUGCUUCGUCCAAACCAACAGCAGCCGACACAAAAUGUGUGAAAGAAAAUAAUAAAGCUGAAGUUGUAGAGACUACCAGCGACACUUCCACUGGUCCUGUGAAUGAAAAGGAAAUCUCGGAGAAACAACAAGAAAAGGACAAAAAAAGCGAAAAAGACAAGGACGUCUCUACUGUCAAGACCAAACCAGAUGCUAAAUCCAGGGUGCUCCCUGCGAAAGGGCCCCCCGCUGGUAAAUUCCCCCCUCUACCAUACACAGAGCCACCAUGGGGUGGCAGGGCUCCAGACAUUCCUUAUGCUUUGGAAAUCCUCAAGAACGGCACCAUAGUGGACAAGGUACCCCUCACUCACAGGAGUUUCUUCGUGGUCGGACGUUUACCUGUGUGUGACGUCUUUCUGGAGCACCCCUCCAUCUCCAGGUACCAUGCAGUGAUUCAGUUCCGCGGACAGGCCGGGGAGGGGGAGUGUGUCGGAGAGGAGAGAGGCUUUUACAUCCACGACCUGGGCAGCACACACGGCACCGUGGUGAACAAGAACAAUAUUCCUCCGAAGACCUACAUCAGACUCCGCGUGGGACAUGUAUUGAAGUUUGGUGGGAGCACGAGACUUUUUAUCCUGCAGGGUCCAGAGUUUGAUGAGGAAGAGGAGUCUGAACUAACAGUGACAGAGCUGAAGGAGCGUUCCCGGAAACAGAAAGCCGAGCUUGAGAAGAGGAUGAUGGGAGACGGUUCUGAUGAUGAGGAGGACGAAAAGGAGAAAGGCGGAGAAGACGAAAGCAACAAGUGCAAGAGCAAACUGGCAAACGAAGAUUCAGGCUGUUCAUGGGGAAUGGCUGAGGAUGUUGUUCCAGAGGAAGACGAGAACGAGGAAAACCCUUUCUCAACAGAGUUCCAUGAGGACCAGGAGGCUGCAUACCUGAAAGACCCCAAGAAAGCUUUGCAGGGUUUCUAUGACAGGGAAGGGGAGGAGCUAGAAUUUGAGUAUGAAGACAAAAGCCAUGGCACCUGGCUGUGCAGAAUAAAGCUGCCAGUGGACGACGCCAUGGGUCGGCAGCUGGUUGCUGAGGUGACCCACACAGGGAAGAAGAAGGAAGCAGCCAUCCAGUGCUGCCUGGAGGCUUGUCGAAUGCUGGAAGCCAGAGGGCUGCUGCGCCAGGAAGCAGUGUCCCGUAAACGCAAGAAGAAGAACUGGGAAGAUGAGGACUACUACGACAGUGACGAUGACACCUUCCUGGAUCGAACCGGCACAGUGGAGAGGAAAAGGGAAGAGCGAAUGAAAAAGGCCGGAAAGAUUGAGGAGCGGCCUGAGACUUAUGAAUCAUUGGUGGCAAAACUGUCAGAGGUGGAGAAGGAGCUGGAAGACACUCAGAAAAAGCUCAGUGCUGGUCGGGGAGACUCUUGUGGUUCUUCCACGGAGGACCCGCUGGAUGCCUUCAUGACUGCAGUGAGAAGUGAGGCAGCAAUGGACGCCGUGGAGCGCAGGAAGCUUCACGUUCACAUAGCAGACUUACGUAAAGAUGCCCAGCGACUACGCAAACUGGUCGAACUCACAAGGCCAGCACAGAUGCCAUCACUGCUGCCGAGUGGCAGCUCAGAGUCCGAGAAACCUAAGAAGACCUUACCACUUUUUGGAGCCAUGAAGGGAGGAAGCAAAUUCAAACUGAAGACUGGCACCAUUGGGAAGUUGCCUCCUAAACGGCCCAACUUGCCUGCAGAACUCUUCAACAUGAAAGAACUUCCACCUAGUGGAGAAGAGGAGGAAGAGGAUGAAGAGGAGGAGGAGGCAGAGAAAAAUGAGGAUAUGGAUGAUAAACACAGUACAAGUAUUGCUGAGCCUAAUGUUGAAGAGUCCAUUGCAUCCAUGUCUCAAGAGAGCACUCGCUCAGGGCAGCGAGGAGAGCAACCAGUACAGUCCCAUGAGCUGAAAGAGCAUAGCCGCAAAGAGAGGAGAGGUGCGGAGCGUGCUGAAGCUGUGGAGCAGGUACCUGAGCACAGGAGCAACAAGGCCCAGGCACCUAGUCCAAAGUCCAGAGCAGAAGGUGACAGAGAGCCAGCAGCUGACCUCAGUCCCAGAAAGAAGAAGAAAGGGAUGGGCCCCAGCAGGCCACCAGUGCAACUCUCAGGACAGUAUCCAGAGGACGACCCUGAUUAUUCUGUGUGGGUGCCUCCUGCAGGUCAGACUGGAGAUGGCCGCACACAUCUAAACGACAAGUAUGGCUACUGAGGGAAAACAUUACAGAGCUCUUCAGUCUCCACUCUACCAGCUUUUAUACUGCAGAUGAUACCUGCAAAACAAAGACUCUGGUCUCAUUAGCUCUGACCAACAACCCCCUCCAUCCAUCCCAGUCCCUGUGUGUGGUUCAGCUUAAAAGAGCCUGAAAAGGCCUGGAACAGACCAGAGACUUGCAGAGGGACAAGCAGAGAUAAUACUGCUACACUUUUUAAUAAUCUCUUGAGGAUAUUUGCAUUCGCAGACUGUGAUAAACAAGAAGCACACCACCCCAGAUCACAUUAAACUGGCAAGCUUGGGGAAGUGCCCCCCCUCAGAGCAGAUACUGGGCAGUCAGCCUGGUGGCACUUUUCACCAUGACAAUGAUAGAGAUGGGUGGCACCUGAAUUUUCUUCCUUUUAUUUUAUUUCUAUAUAAUCAAGCAGAAAAUGGAAAGAGACAGAGCAGGAGCAGUAACUGAUCUGACUUCAGCUUUCUGGUCUUUGGCUGCUCCUCUUGAAGUUAAAUCCACCUGACAUCCAAUCUGUGUCCCUCCUCUAUUUGGCUUGA